UGUUCGCCAUGUUGCCACACCAAAUUGGGCGGGCCAUACUCCGUCGAAAGCAGGUCCUUUGGCGGCAUCUUUUUAUGGAUUGGACUUCAAAUCGUAUCUUACACUUCGGGAUUCAAACCCGUGCUACUUGGAUUACAAAUCUCAGUGACUACCAUAAAUAAUUGUAGGAGAAUCCUUUCGCAAGGCAAAGAUAUAUCCUCACGAUUUGCUUUUUUGAAAAUAAAUUACGUCCUUACAUAAAUCAAAGUUUAUGUUACUCUUUUCAUAAUAUUUUCAAAUUACUUCAAUUACUUCAAUGAAAAUAUAAGUACAUUCAACUUUUUUUUUCAUUUUCGUUAUAUUUCUGAAAUUGAUAUUGUCAUCAGCUACAAAAAGUACAACCAGACAGUGGUAUAUAGAUUUCUUACAACAAAUAUUUUCAGUAGCCUAAUCAGAUUUCAAUGAAUGUACUGUAGUUCUAGGCAACCGGUCAUCCUUGUGCAAAGCCAUGAUCCUUGUGGCCCUGUUGGUUAUCACAUCAAAUCAAAACCAAAUCAGAUUUCAAUUUUAUUGUUAUAAGAAAAAUGCAAAAAAAGGUUACAUAUUUCUUAUAAUUUGAUGAUUUGGAUAAAUUUCAACUAACUGUUGGAUGCUCGGAAACUGUUAAAAAUUGUCAUUUUCAGUUUUCUUAUGAUGAAAAUGUCAAAAAAUACCUGAAUAUGAGAAAACUUUAAUUGUUAAGUGUAUUUUGUAGUCUUAAAAAAGUCAUUUAAAUUUUUUUUGAUGAUUUGAUUUCCAUAGUUGACUAGCAAGUUUAUGUCUGGAGGUUUAAAAAAAACAUUUUUUGCUUUUUGGGUGUUAUUCAAACCGCAUUGAGUCAGGGGUAUUAAAAAACACCCAAAAAGCAAAAACUGAAAAUUUGGUUUAUUAUGUAGACCUUUUCAAAAAACACUCCAGAUGUGAGCUUCAAAUUUGGUCCGCGAUUCAAAAACUUUGGGCACCCCUGGAAUAGUGUGUAAAGUAGUAAUUUAAUUUUUUAUCAUUAAAAACCAUGCCCGAGAGCAUGUUUACAGCUCCCAUACAAAUCGAGCAACAUGGAGUUAAACUUUCUGUGAAGUUUGCCAUGGCACGCAAGCGAAAAGUUAAACUGCUUGUUGCACACACACACUUAAUUUCUCGAUACCAACUGAGCGUACCUGUUGUCUUUCCAAAUUGCAAACGAUUCUAAAACUGUUCCUGCAAUAAUUAUUAACUUGUUCUUCUGAUUAAAUUUGUAUGAUCCUCAAACACAGCUGCAUUUUUUUCCCUCUCUUUGGUUUACAAGGCUAAGACCGCUGUUGCUUCAUCUCGCCGUAAAGCUGGCCCCUCCCUCGAAGUUCUAACGAAUAUCCGCACAAAUACUCCACCUCUGCGACGCAAUGGACCAACUCCGCGCCGCCAUCAACACGCUCCGCAGCCAGUUCGACCUGAAGAUGCCACGGUACCGCCGGCGAAACACCGACAUCGCCGCCUACCGGGACUUUAUCGCCCAGCGAGAUCCGUUGAUCAACAUACCGGAAAUGGCCAAAAGCAACGAGCUGGCCGACCGACACCGCCAGCACGGCAACCGUGCCUACGCAGCGAAACGGUUCGACGAAGCACUGCUGCAGUACAACCAGAGCAUCUGUUUUGCGGAACGCGGCUCGGAACAGUUGGGAAUGGGUUAUGCUAAUCGAUCUGCUGUUUACUAUGAACAAGGAGAGUACGAGUUUGCUUUGUACAAUAUUGACCUGGCCAGGAAGCACAACUAUCCGGAAGCUAUGAUGCCGAAACUAUUGGCACGGGAGGUCAACUGCAAGAAAAUGAUCGAUGAAGGUAAUUCGAAGGGAACUGUUCCAAUUCCGGUUGUGCAAAUGAACGUCGAAGUUAAUCCAACGAUUCCAUUCCUGGCCAAGGGAAUUACAAUGAAACAGUACGGAGAAAUGGGUCGAGGGCUAGUUGCUGAGAGAGACUUCACCACCGGAGACGUUAUCCUCGAUGAAAAGGUAGAUCUGUGUUUCGUUUCCUGUUUUCGAAACUACUUGAAUUGUGGCCACUGCGGAUCCGAGUUUUGUAGAAGCUUGAUUCCAUGCCUCGGCUGUGUGAUGUUUAUGUACUGUUCGGAGAAGUGUCGGGAACAGGAUCUACGGAUCACUCAUCGGUUCGAGUGCAGCGUGGCAUCAAAGCUGUUCAGUGUGACCGAUUUAACUGCGAUGAUGAUGGCACGGUUGUUCUUUUACGGUCUUACGGCCUUCGACGACAACGUUAACAAGAUGAUGAAGUACUGCCUGGCAAACGCCGGUACAGGUUCCAAUCCAUUCGAGCUGGAAUUCGCCAAUCUGAACCGUGUGGACAUCUUCAAGGUUCUGCAUCAGACCAAAGCUCGGUACGAUCCCACCAUUGAGCACGACUUGAAAGUGGACGCUGCCGCGUACCACUUGAUCUUCAUGAAGAGCCCUGCCGUCCAAGCUAUCUUCUGCACCGCAGCUCAACGUAACUUUAUGCUACGCUGCUUGUUGAUCCACGGCCGCGUAGCAUCAACGUUGGCUCUCAACCAAAAAUAUGAACCAAACGGAUUUACGGCAAAUUUUUCCCCCCUUGCCACGGUCUGCAAUCACUCUUGUGACCCGAACGCAACAACCAUUGUCGAUUCCGGAUCGAUAAAGCUAAUCGUUCUACGCCCCAUCGUGAAAGGUGAUCAGAUUUUGACCACGUACGGACCGGCCUGGUGGCGAGCUCAGUACUGCCACGACGUGAAUUUCGACUGUAAUUGUCCGUUUUGUGACGAGGGUUCCGAAGGGGAGAAGUGGCAAGCGGAGCAGGACCAAGCGCCGAUGAUGCCUCCCAAUCCGCCAAAGGACCUGUUUUCGACGGACGGGGACACGUCCAAUUUGGUGUACAAAUUGGGCCGAUUUCAGCGAAUUGUGAAAUUUCUGGCGCGCGAACACUUGGGCCAACUUUUCGGAGACAUGGCGAACGUGUAUCAUGACGCGUUGAUUGAAGUGGUCCGACAGGAGAACAGGAAGCGCGAUCGAGCCAAGGUGUGGAUUGGUGGCGCUGUCAACGCUGCGACUGAGGUUAAAUCUCCGAAAACCAUUUAAUUUUUGAUGAAAUAAAAUGCUCAAUUGCAAUUCAUUAUAAAAUUUGCGUAUUUAUUUAAAUUUUAAUCCAAAAAAUCAACAGCGUGUUGUAACAACUUGGAUCUCUUCCGGAAAAGAUCCUGCAGCAAUUUUGUAUGGUUUUGCGGGGAGAGUCGGAGAAAUUUAAACAAAUCUCUUCGUGCACCAGCCAAUGGAGUACCCGACAGUUUACAGUUCAAUGUAAAGGCUGCGUCAUCAAGAUUCAGUCCAGAUUCGAUCAUCUAAAACCGCGAUUAAGGAGGCACAGGAAGGUUUCUUUCUUAUCAAUAAUUGGUCAUGUUGCAGUUUCCACACCACAGAAAACUGUUGCGUUUCCCCUCAAAUUAGGUAAAUACUUGACAUUCCCGUCCAUAUUUGGCGAGUCAAAUCGACCCGAGAAUUGGGCAUAGGGGCUUCUUCGCAUACACUUGUGCGACUCGCGUUUCUUGAACUGUUCAACCCAUAUAACACUUUUUUUGGGUUCUAGUUCCUGAACCUCGAGACCUGAAUUCAAAAAUUCGUAUGAAAAAGUGAGAUAAUGAACUCAGUCAAUCAUGAUUUUUAUUUUAAGGGUGCAUGGGAUUUUUCAGUUCAACUAUGAUUAAUAGAGUAAAUUUUCAAAACUACCUAUGAGUCAUGGGUUUCCUAUGCAGAUAGGACCUUUAGAAAAUUUAUUCAAAAAUAAUCUACACAAAAGUGUGUAAUGCAACUUGAAACAGUUUCUUUUUAAAAAGUGUAGUCCUACGUUAAAUUGCCACCAUUUUUG